CCAUGCCGAGAGGCAGGAGGUGCAGAAACAGGGCUGGUUCUGUUCAGACCCUGAUUUGCGCCAGGAGGGGGCUGGGUGGGAUCUGGAGAGGGAAGCGUCCCUGCUCCAGCGGUCCCAGGCGGGAGGGUCACACGCAUCCCCACCGCAGAGGCCGCGCGGCCUCGGCUUAGGGCCGCUGGCCUGGGCCCCUUCCGCAGACAGCCGGGCCGGAGCCAGGGCGCAGCUCCUAGCAGGGCGGAGGGCGGCGCGAGGGAGGGAGCGAGGGAAGGGAAAGGCGAGCGCGAGCUGCCUCGGAUGCUUGGAAUAAUUCCGCUUCCGUUUGGAAAGCCGCAGCCUCAGCGCCGCCGCGUCCGCCCAGCUCCGCUCCGCUCGGCCCGCGCGCCAUGGCCUCGUCCCCGCAGAAGUCGCCUUCGGCCCCCAAGUCCCCCACCCCCAAGUCGCCCCCGUCUCGCAAGAAAGAUGACUCUUUCUUGGGGAAACUCGGAGGAACUCUGGCCCGGAGGAAGAAAGCCAAGGAAGUCUCAGAGCUUCAGGAAGAGGGCAUGAACGCCAUCAACCUGCCCCUCAGCCCCAUCCCCUUUGAGCUGGACCCGGAGGACACCAUGCUGGAGGAGAAUGAAGUGCGGACGAUGGUGGAUCCAAACUCACGCAGUGACCCUAAACUCCAAGAACUGAUGAAGGUGUUAAUUGACUGGGUUAAUGAUGUGCUGGUCGGAGAGAGAAUCAUCGUGAAGGACCUGGCCGAAGAUUUAUACGACGGACAAGUGCUGCAGAAGCUCUUUGAGAAACUUGAGAGCGAGAAGCUAAAUGUCGCUGAGGUCACACAGUCAGAGAUCGCCCAGAAGCAAAAGCUACAGACUGUCCUGGAGAAAAUCAAUGAAACUCUGAAGCUUCCGCCCCGGAACAUCAAGUGGAAUGUGGACUCUGUUCAUGCCAAGAGCCUUGUGGCCAUCCUGCAUCUGCUGGUUGCCUUGUCUCAGUAUUUCCGGGCACCCAUCCGACUCCCAGACCACGUUUCCAUCCAGGUGGUUGUGGUCCAGAAACGAGAAGGAAUCCUCCAGUCUCGGCAAAUCCAAGAGGAAAUAACUGGUAACACAGAGGCUCUUUCCGGAAGGCACGAACGCGAUGCCUUCGACACCUUGUUUGACCACGCGCCAGACAAACUCAACGUGGUGAAAAAGACGCUGAUUACAUUUGUGAACAAACACCUGAACAAGCUGAACCUAGAGGUCACGGAACUAGAAACCCAGUUUGCAGAUGGUGUAUACCUGGUGCUGCUCAUGGGCCUCCUGGAGGGCUACUUUGUGCCCCUACACAGCUUCUUCCUGACUCCAGACAGCUUUGAACAGAAGGUCCUGAAUGUCUCCUUUGCCUUUGAGCUCAUGCAAGAUGGAGGGCUGGAAAAGCCAAAACCACGGCCAGAAGACAUCGUCAACUGUGAUCUGAAGUCCACGCUAAGAGUGCUGUACAACCUCUUCACCAAGUACCGGAACGUGGAGUGAGGGCCCGGCCGCCGCUGCCCACCCGCUCUCCCUGUGAGCAUGGGCCAGCCCCCGAGUCGCCUUUCCCAGCUUGUUUCUGUUCCCUGCUCUGUGCGCACCCACAGCCCAGCGUUUGCAACCCAGAGAUAGUGGCAAUUGGAAUUGAAAUCCGGAAGGAAGGGACCAAGGAGUCUCUGGGUGGACCCCACCUCCCAGGCCCCACAAACUGACCCAGAAAUGACCCAAGAAAGAUGUUCCUAUCCAGGUGUCAGGCCCAGAUUUCCCUCCACGUGGUUUUCAAAGAAGCUUAGGCACAAAUGAGUCCCCAGAAGAUGAAAAUAAGACCGUAGUUAUCAUUAAUGGACAUAAACUAUGCACGGCACAUAGUUAAGUGCCCUUACAUGCCCUGCUGAGGGCCGGCGAGAUAGCUCAGCAGACUAAGCGCCUGCUUCCGUAAGCGCAGGAACCACGGUUUGAUCCCCGGUCCCACAUGUCGGUGAUAGAGC